GAAAAUGUCCCGCUGGGCCAAAGUUCUUGAAGUCGCACUUGCCUCCCAUCCUAGGACUAUUGAUACAAAGAUUAGCUAUGGUACAGCUGGGUUCAGGACUAAGGCGGAGCUUCUGGAUCAUGUGAUGUACAGGAUGGGUGCCAUGGCAGUCCUCAGGUCCUGGGCUAAGUCUGGACAGGUUAUCGGAGUGAUGAUCACCGCUUCUCACAACCCGGAAUGUGAUAACGGCGUGAAGUUGGUUGACCCUGUGGGGGAGAUGCUUGAGUUCUCCUGGGAGUCCUUGGCAACCAACCUCGCCAACUCCACCGACCGGGAGAUUCCUGACGUCCUAGACUCCAUCAUUAGUGGUUGUGGUAUUACUGAAGGCGCAGGACGUGUAUUUGUGGGAAGAGAUACACGAAAGACUAGUCCCGCCCUCUCCAACGCCGUUUUAGCCGGUAUAGCAGCGGCAGGAGGCGUGGCAACCGAUAUCGGAGUUGUGAGUACGCCCCAGCUCCACUACAUGGUAGUUGCCACCAAUACUGGAGGUGGAUAUGGAGAACCAACCCUGGAUGGAUACUACUCCAAACUAUCCUCAGCUUUUACCAGUUUCCUAGGAGGGAUAAAAGAGUUUGGGAACUAUUCUCCCAAGAUUAUGUUUGACGGAGCUAAUGGUGUCGGAGCUCUCGCUAUGCAGGAGUUCAUGACAAGGCUAAAGGGAAUAUUAGAGGUUACUGCAUUCAAUACAGGUUCUGGGGAGCUGAACUCAGGUUGCGGAGCAGACUUUGUCAAGGUUCAUCAAGAAGCUCCAGCAGGAUUGGAAGCAGUUGAGAAUACUAGAUGUGUGUCAGUGGAUGGAGAUGCAGACAGGGUUAUCUAUUUUUAUAGAAAACAAGGCGUAUUCCAUCUACUGGACGGAGACAGGAUUGCAACCCUAGUUGCUGGAUAUCUCAAACACCUGCUGGCGGAGUCAGGACUCUCGGAUAAAAUCAGAAUUGGUUGUGUACAGACUGCCUACGCUAACGGAAGCUCUACAGACUAUAUGACCAAGAGCUUGGGUGUCCCUGUCUCCUGUGUUCCUACCGGAGUCAAGUUCCUUCAUCACGCAGCACUGGAGUUUGAUAUCGGAGUAUAUUUCGAGGCCAACGGACAUGGAACCGUUGUAUUCAGCCAAGGAGCACAAAAACUGAUCAAGGAGACGCCGUCAGCUCAAAGUUUAGCCAUGUUAAUGAAUGUGAUAAACCAAACUGUUGGAGACGCAAUCUCCGAUUUGCUUCUUGUCGAGUGUGUUCUAGCCGCCAGAGGUUGGAGCGCGGAGGAUUGGUUUCACCAGUACUCAGAUCUUCCGAAUAAACUAAUGAAGGCCAGUGUAAAAGACCGGACCCUGAUAACAACAGGGGAUGCUGAGAGGCAGGUUCUGUCUCCAGCAGGACUUCAAGAACGGGUGAACAAGGCAGUAGCGGAGUUUAAAAGAGGCCGGUCAUUUGUGCGUCCUAGUGGAACGGAGGACGUUGUUCGUGUGUACGCUGAGGCUGAAACUAAAGAGGAGGCCGAUAAACUUGCAGAAACCGUCGUCAAAAUAGUUCAGGAGAUCCUCUCCUAACAAACUUAUGUCACGUAUACCAUAGAAUCCAAAUGAUAGUGCCUUUAUUCAAACAAAUUUUGAUCAGCUUUUAGUUUAACUUUCCAUAGUUUGAAGAGAAACUACAUUAUACAAAACACGCAGUAUUAAAUCAUGACACUUGUACACUUUAUAUUGAGAGGUAAUUUAAACAAUUUCAACCCCGGUGAUCCUUUUGUGAACAGAGAUAUCGUUGAAAAUACUCUGUAGUUAAAUUUUAUUUCAGUUAACAAUUCCUUGUGAUUAAACCUGUGAUUGAUUAAAUUUAAUAAUUAUUUAUAUUUUAGAAUUUGAUUACCCGAAAUUUGAUACAUUUAUAUUUU